CAAGACUUCAACAGCCUGCAAGAGGACAGUGGCCCAGGUCAAAUACAUUUAUAAAUAACUUGUUACAGCUGCUCUGGGGAAGACUGACGGAGGCGAGGCUACGAUGAGCUGGGUCUUCUCACUGCUACCAGGGGUCAUAUUGGGUAAAGUGUCCGGGCCAGUGACACCAUACCAGGCACAGUUGGAGUGGAAACAGCCUGAGCCUUCAGCCACACCCGCUAAAAAGGAUCCAGAGAUCAGGAUUGUUCUUCUUGGGAAAACUGGAGUCGGCAAAAGUGCAACAGGAAACACCAUAUUAGGGAAGAAAGCUUUUAGGUCUUGUAGCACUUUUUCCUCUGUGACAUCAGUCUGUCAGAAGGAAACCGAUGUUUUUCGUGGCUUAAAUCUGUCUGUUAUUGAUACUCCAGGUCUGUUUGAUACAAGUAAGAGUAAUAGAGAGGUUGUGACAGAGUCUGCUAAAUGCAUCAGCAUGGCGGCUCCUGGUCCUCAUGCGUUCCUGAUUGUGGUCCAAUUAACCAGAUUCACACCAGACGAAGAAGAACUUGUGAAAAUAAUUCAGAAAACAUUUGGCGAAGCAGCAGCCAGAUUCACCAUGGUCCUGUUUACUCAUGGAGAUGAGCUGAAAAAGGCAAACGUUAAAAUAGAAGACAUAUUAGAAACAUACCAACCUCUAAAACGCAUCAUCAGUCAGUGCUCCAUCUUGAAGAAAUUUGAAGAUAAAUAUCAUGUUUUUGACAACACAGUUGAGGAUUCUGCUCAAGUCAGGGGACUGGUGGAGAAAAUCCAAAGAAUGGUUCAGCAAAAUGGAGGAAGUUACUACACCAAUAAAAUGUUUGAAGAAGCACAAAGAGCUGUCCAAGAAGAAAUGGAACGACUGAGCAGAGGAAAUCCAACCAUUACGCAUAAAGAGGCAAAAAAGAAGGCAGAGGAAGGAAACUCAUUUAUUAAUGGUUUUCUGGUGGGGGCUGGUGUGGGAAUUGCAGCUGGAGCUGCUGCUGGAGCUGCUAUUGGAACCAUAGGGGGACCUUUAGGAGCUGCAUUUGGAGCCGUUAUUGGAAUUGCUGUUGGAGGUUUAGGGGGAGGUUCAGUGGGAGCAGCAGUUGAAAAAGAAAAAUGCAUUAUACAGUGAUGAUAUGUGUGAUAUUCCGGCUGCAGUAACAUUUGCAUUUGCAGUUAAAUUAACAUAACAUCAUCUUAAUUUAUCUUAAUCUCCUCAUUUGUUCUCAUUUUAGAUAUAUAUUUGAGUAAUUAUUGAUUAGUUGAUUACCUAGUAAUGAAUAAUAAUCAUAGCCUGCCGAAUUUUGUAACAUAUUUUCAUGACUAAUCAAGAAGGGAAAGGAACUUUGUUUAAUUUGCUAAUUGAUGCUUCAAUGAUCUAACAGAGGAAACCUGGACAAUAUUGAUGUUUAUUCUUUCCUUUUGUUGUUCCAGCUGUAACAAAGCUUUGAAAUGAUAAUAAAGAUCCCCAGAACCAGAACCAAAUGAGAAGCAGCAUUCAGCUUCUAUGCACCACAAAUCUGGAACAAACUUUCAGAAAACUGCAAAACUGCUGAAACACAGAGUGCCUUUAUAUCUAAACUAAAAACCCUCCUGCUUAGAGUUGUAUUUGAAACAUAAUCAAUUACGAAUUUAACUACUUAAUGUAAUGUUUUGA